AUGACCCCAGAAAAGAAACGCAAGGUGCUUUCAGACAUAGGCAACGUCGAACUGCCCAAAAACAGACGCAAAUCGCUUGGUUUUGAUAUGGCCAGUAUAGGAGGCGAAGAAGAAAUGCACUCGUCGUCAGAAUCGAAUAUUCCAGACCCACCGCCUUCCAGACUGCUGGCAAUCAACUCUUUGGCUGAUAUGCACAUGAAGUCGUCUAACAUCCCUGUUAUCAAUAAACACCGGAGCUUUCAUUCGCUUGUGGCGGUUAAAGAUAGUCUCAAUGCCAAGUCAAAGCUACCGUCAGGGUUUGAAAAGUGGAAAGAGCCGCCUAAGCUGGAGCCUAUGGUGGAUGCAGAGUCCUUGCAGAACGACAAGAGAAUGCUAGAUCGGGAGCUUCGCUCUUCGCAGACGUUAUUAGAGCAGCUAGAGGUGGAGUUUCAGGAGAAAAGGAGGUUGUAUCGUGUUCUAGAGAAGCAGAGUUCAGAUGCCAGGUUCAGGCUUCGGCACUUGGAAUCGAGGUUUGAGCUGAAGGGUAAUACUAUAACCCAGCAUAUUCUGCACGAGGAGCUGGCUGCGGAGUUGCUGCUUCGGGAACUUGAAAAUAGACUUGAAGAUGAGUUUAACAAGCAGAAGUUCCAGUUGCGUAAUGAGAUCAUGGAUGCUGGUAACUUUGAAGAUACACAGGCACUAGAAGAACUUGAAAGUUUGGCUAAACGGAAGGAAGAGUUGGAGAAGAAGCUAGAGGAGACUAUAGCCGAGAAAGACGAGGCUAUAAGGAAGGAAAUUGAGACAAAUAAAGAGAAGCUAGCUGCUCUUAGACUGGAGAACGACUUGCAGUUGGCUGACGUUAGACAAGAGAACGAGAAGAAGCAGGCACAUUUGGACCAGCUAGAGUCGAAAUUCCAUGCAUUGAAUGAAGAAAAACUGAAGAAGGAGGCCGAACUAGAAGCCCUUGAGACUGAUAUCAAGAACUUUAGAGACUCUGCCAACAACGUCGAGGCAAGUACCGAACAGCUCGAGGAGACUCUCAGACAAAAAGAGGAACAGUUAGCGUCGCUUAGAAAUGAUACAGCUUCCUGGAUUGAAAGUCUCAGGGUUGAGCGUGAAAAGUAUGAAGCGAUCAGAAAGAAAUACGAUAACUACUUAUCGGUGCAUAGAACGCUUGAAGACGCUAUCAUGAGCUUCGACCCUCACCCUCGAACCUACGUGAGAAUACCGGCUGGUUUAAAUGUUUCCAUUGAUGACGAAAAGAUAUUAACUGUGGAUCGUCGUCUGUUCCAGUUCAGCAGGAUCUUCCAUCGUGACGACGACCUGUUCCCGCUACAAUGGGAAGUCUUUGUGCAACGGGCACUAAUACAACACAAUGUGACCUUGUUGUUCAUUGGAUCAAGCCAACAGGAUAUGUUCCUGCGCUUGCUGGAGGUGUUCACGUUCUUGCGGAACGGAGAGGAGAGACUUGAGACCAAGGGUUGGACCUUUUCUUUCUCCUUGCAAUGUUCCAGUAUAAAAGAGUCCUCGCUUGAUCUUCUUAACCCAUCUGCCGAAAAUAAGUUCCAUUAUGAGAAUGGAAAAUUGGUGGAAAUGACAGCCGAAAGGGUCAACAUAUCUGGUCUGUCUGACCUCGAGCAGGUUCUGAAAAACUUCCAAGCACAGCCUGGCGCCGUGACGAUUUAUUUCAUUCAGAUACAAGCGGUCAACGAGAGAGCGAAGAAGGCUUUCACAAAUCAGCUUUCGCUAGUUGACCUUACAAACAAAAGCUUUGCAUCUCAGGUAGAGACAAUCUCGCUCAAGUCAUCCAAGGCCGCAGAAAACAACUUCUUCACCCACGUCAAGAAAAACACGAGAAGCUUAUAUGUUUGUGAGGUUGAUGAAAUCGUUCAAGACACUCUUCCACUCCUUUCCAGCAUUUCCCACUCUUAG